AUGGUUAAUGAUAAAUAUCAUAAAAUAGCUUUGAUAGAUGCAGAUUACUAUAUAAUUAAUUAUAGUAGCACAAUAACUACAUAUAUUCAACAUAUAUGUAAUAAUUUGUUGAAUAACAAUAGAAAUGAAGUGAAUCUGAAAGAUAAAAGUAAUGAAAAACGUAAAAUCAAUGACAAAAGUGAUGACUUUCUAUAUAGGCAAAAACAAAUAAUAUGCAUGUUUAUGUUAAAAAUAUUUCUAAACAACCUAGAUAAAAAUUUAAAUUUGUUUGAUUAUUUAAUUAUUGUAAUAAAUAAAUAUUUUCAGUUGGUUCAAAAGUAUAAAUUAACAAAUACUUAUGAGAAUAUAAAAAUAGAGGAUAAUAUUGAAAUAUGUAAAAAUAAAAAGGAUACAAAUGUAGAUGUCAGUAAAUUAGGAGAAGGACAAGAGUGUCAUAAAGAAAUAAGUUUAUCGGAUGACCUGAACAAAAAAAUUGAAAUAAAUAAUAAUAUUAAUAAUAAAUCAAUAACAACAAAAAUUACAACGACAACAAAAACUACUAAUAGUAAUAACAAUAAUAAUGACAAUCAAGUGAUGCUUGAUUCUAUUAAUAUAUCUAAUCUUAAUAAUUUAUCAAAGGAUAAAAUAAUUACAACACAAAAUCAUCAUUAUAAUCACUUAAUACACAAUUUAAUUGAAAAUAAUAAUUAUAUAAAUAUAGACAAUAUUAUAAACUCUCAAUUAUGCUUUAUUAAUAUAAAAGAUAAUGAAUACGACAAAUGUAGUAAGAACAAAUCAUCCACGUGUGUAGAAAUAAAUAAUAUAUAUGAGGAACAAAAAUGUAAUAAUACAAAUUACAAUGAAACACAUAAAUUUAAUGAUGAAUGUCAAGAUAACUCUUUAAUCAUGUCUGAUGAAUAUAAUUUUAUUGACAGUACAAAUAAAGAUAUUAAAAAACUUUUUCCAGACAUGAUAAACAAUAAAAAGCUUCUUAUCAAUUAUAAUAAAAUUAAUAUAAAAUUAAAACGUUUUGAUGAUACUAUAAAUAUAUAUGAUUUAAUAAAUGGAUAUAAGGUUUAUGAAAAUGUAGGUAGUUUAUAUGAAAUUAAAAACUUAUUUCGUAUAUUAAUACUAUCAAAAUUACAUAUAGGUGUAUAUAACUUAUUAGAUUUUUUAAAGAAGAAAAAUAUUUUUAUGUUAUUUUAUAGUUCAAAUAAAAAUUUAACGAAUCUUUUAUUCAAAUAUAAUAAAAUAUAUAAAUACUAUCAAAAUUAUUAUAAUGUAAUUGAUUCAUUGGAUGAAUUAAAAAAAUAUGAAGAAGAUUGUCACAAAUUUCUUAUUUUUAGUAAUCGCCCAUGUUUUAUUUGUCAUGCUAAAAGACAUGGCAUAUUUUAUACAGCCAUAGGGAAUAGCAAAAAUGAUGAUAGUGAUAAAAAUGAAAAGAACAAAAAUAGUAAUAAUAUUGAAAAUAAUAAGAAUUAUUAUAAUCGUAAAAGCUCAAAUUGCGAUGAUAUAGAUUGGACAAAUGAAAUAUAUGAACAAAAAAAAUCAGAUGAAUCUAUUAUUGAAAACUUUUCGAAUGAAUAUAAUAAUGUUGUUUAUCCAUAUAUAAAAAAUUGUAAUUUAACGUUAGAUAUUUUAUCAUGGAGAAUGAUAUAUAUAUUUAAAAAGUAUCUUUAUAUAUAUGGAAAAGUUGUUAAAGGAUUUGGAAGAGGAAGUAAGUAUUUAAAUUUGCCAACGGCCAAUAUUUUUCAUCCAAAUUUUAUAUCAGCUGAUAUUAUGCCUGGAAUAUAUUUUGGUAUAUGUAAAUUAAGAGAUAAAAUUUUUAAGAGUGUUAUAUCUAUUGGAUAUAAUCCUUAUUUUAAAAAUAAACAUAUGACAAUAGAAGCUUUCUUAUAUUACAAAACAGAUGAUUUAUUUUAUGAUGAAAAUAUUCAUUUAAUUAUUAUUGGAAUUAUUAGAAGUGAAAGUAAUUUUGCAUAUUUCUCACAUCUUAUUCAAGCUAUUCAAUUUGAUUGUGAACUAGCCAGAAUUGUACUUGGCAAAUUGAAAAAUAAUGAAACUUUUCAACAAUGUAAGUUUUUUCUCAACAAUAUAAAAUGA